GCUGAUGGACUCGACCACAGCGACGGCAGAGCUGGGCUGGAUCGUGCAUCCUCCAUCAGGGUGGGAAGAGGUGAGUGGCUACGAUGAGAACAUGAACACGAUCCGCACGUACCAGGUGUGCAAUGUGUUUGAGUCGAGCCAGAACAACUGGCUACGGACCAAGUUCAUCCGGCGCCGUGGUGCCCACCGCAUCCACGUGGAGAUGAAGUUCUCCGUGCGUGACUGCAGCAGCAUCCCCAGCGUGCCCGGCUCCUGCAAGGAGACCUUCAACCUCUAUUACUAUGAGGCCGACUUCGACUCGGCCACCAAGACCUUCCCCAACUGGAUGGAGAAUCCGUGGGUGAAGGUGGACACCAUUGCGGCCGACGAGAGCUUCUCCCAGGUGGACCUGGGUGGCCGGGUCAUGAAGAUCAACACCGAGGUGCGGAGCUUCGGGCCGGUGUCCCGCAACGGCUUCUACCUGGCCUUCCAGGACUACGGUGGCUGCAUGUCCCUUAUUGCCGUGCGUGUCUUCUACCGCAAGUGCCCCCGCAUCAUCCAGAAUGGCGCCGUCUUCCAGGAGACACUGUCGGGGGCUGAGAGCACAUCGCUGGUGGCUGCCCGGGGCAGCUGUAUCGCCAAUGCCGAGGAGGUGGACGUGCCCAUCAAGCUGUACUGUAACGGGGACGGCGAGUGGCUCGUACCCAUCGGGCGCUGCAUGUGCAAAGCCGGCUUCGAGGCCGUGGAGAACGGCACGGUCUGCAGAGGUUGCCCAUCUGGAACCUUCAAGGCCAACCAAGGGGACGAGGCCUGCACCCACUGCCCCAUCAACAGCCGGACCACUUCCGAAGGGGCGACCAACUGCGUCUGCCGCAACGGCUACUACAGAGCAGACCUGGACCCCCUGGACAUGCCCUGCACAACCAUCCCCUCCGCACCCCAGGCGGUGAUCUCCAGUGUCAACGAGACCUCCCUCAUGCUAGAGUGGACCCCGCCCCGCGAUUCAGGAGGCCGUGAGGAUCUCGUCUACAACAUCAUCUGCAAGAGCUGUGGUUCAGGCCGGGGCGCCUGCACCCGCUGUGGGGACAACGUGCAGUAUGCGCCCCGCCAGCUGGGCCUGACCGAGCCGCGCAUUUACAUCAGUGACCUGCUGGCUCACACCCAGUACACCUUCGAGAUCCAGGCCGUGAACGGUGUCACCGACCAGAGCCCCUUCUCGCCUCAGUUCGCCUCCGUGAACAUCACCACCAACCAGGCAGCUCCGUCGGCUGUGUCCAUCAUGCACCCGGUGAGCCGCACGGUGGACAGCAUCACCCUGUCGUGGUCCCAGCCUGACCAGCCCAACGGCGUCAUCCUGGACUAUGAGCUGCAGUACUAUGAGAAGGAGCUCAGUGAGUACAACGCCACAGCCAUAAAAAGCCCCACCAACACGGUCACUGUGCAGGGCCUCAAAGCCGGCGCCAUCUAUGUCUUCCAGGUGCGGGCACGCACUGUGGCAGGCUACGGGCGCUACAGUGGCAAGAUGUACUUCCAGACCAUGACAGAAGCCGAGUACCAGACAAGCAUCCAGGAGAAGCUGCCACUCAUCAUCGGCUCCUCGGCGGCCGGCCUGGUCUUCCUCAUUGCUGUGGUCGUCAUUGCCAUUGUGUGUAACAGAAGACGGGGGUUUGAGCGUGCUGACUCGGAGUACACGGACAAGCUGCAGCACUAUACCAGUGGCCACAUGACCCCAGGCAUGAAGAUCUACAUCGACCCUUUCACCUAUGAGGACCCCAAUGAGGCAGUGCGGGAGUUUGCCAAGGAAAUUGACAUCUCCUGUGUCAAAAUUGAGCAGGUGAUUGGAGCAGGGGAGUUUGGUGAGGUAUGCAGUGGCCACCUAAAACUGCCAGGCAAGAGAGAGAUCUUUGUGGCCAUCAAGACGCUCAAGUCAGGCUAUACUGAGAAGCAGCGCCGGGACUUCCUGAGCGAGGCCUCCAUCAUGGGCCAGUUCGACCACCCCAACGUCAUCCACCUGGAGGGUGUUGUCACCAAGAGCACGCCUGUGAUGAUCAUCACUGAGUUCAUGGAGAAUGGCUCCCUGGACUCCUUCCUCCGGCAAAAUGAUGGGCAGUUCACAGUCAUCCAGCUGGUGGGCAUGCUCCGGGGCAUCGCGGCUGGCAUGAAGUACCUGGCAGACAUGAACUACGUCCACCGCGACCUGGCCGCCCGCAACAUCCUCGUCAACAGCAACCUGGUCUGCAAGGUGUCUGACUUUGGGCUCUCACGCUUUCUGGAGGAUGAUACCUCAGACCCCACCUACACCAGCGCACUGGGUGGGAAGAUCCCCAUCCGCUGGACGGCCCCAGAAGCCAUCCAGUACCGGAAGUUCACCUCAGCCAGUGACGUGUGGAGCUAUGGUAUCGUCAUGUGGGAGGUGAUGUCCUACGGGGAACGGCCCUACUGGGACAUGACCAACCAGGAUGUAAUCAAUGCCAUAGAGCAGGACUAUCGGCUGCCGCCACCCAUGGACUGCCCAAGCGCCCUACAUCAGCUCAUGCUAGACUGCUGGCAGAAGGACCGAAACCACCGGCCUAAGUUUGGCCAGAUCGUCAACACGCUGGACAAGAUGAUCCGAAACCCCAACAGCCUCAAAGCCAUGGCACCCCUCUCCUCCGGAAUCAACCUGCCGCUGCUGGACCGCACGAUCCCCGACUACACCAGCUUUAACACCGUGGAUGAGUGGCUGGAAGCCAUCAAGAUGGGGCAGUACAAGGAGAGCUUCGCCAAUGCCGGCUUCACCUCCUUCGACGUCGUGUCGCAGAUGAUGAUGGAGGACAUUCUCCGGGUUGGGGUCACCUUGGCUGGCCACCAGAAAAAAAUCCUGAACAGUAUCCAGGUGAUGCGGGCACAGAUGAACCAGAUCCAGUCUGUGGAGGUUUGACAUUCAUCCGCCUCGGCUCACCUCUUCCUCCAGCCCCCCCCACUCCGCCCCACACGCCAGCCCCCUGGUUCU